UUUCUUCCCUUUUGUUUUAUUGCAUUUCGUUCUGUAAUUAUUUCUUUUUCUCUUUGUAUUUAUUUUUAUAAAAUGUCGAGCAUGGAUUUUGUAGAAUCCAUUAAACUUUCAAUUUAAACGUUUAAUGUUCCGGAAUUUUGCAAAUUACUGUUUUUUUUCCUGGUUUAUUUCUCUGUCCAAAUUAACUGAACUCUCUCUCUGGUUUUUGGGUUUUUCUUUUCUAACGCAACUGGAUAGGUGGGUGAGAAAUUUGGUUGUUUGUUUGCAUAAUUGGAGGGUUUUGUGUGUUUACUUGUCUGACUCUAUUUUCUAUUUCUAUUGGAAGCUCUGAUCUCUAUUCUUUGGUGACAAUAAUAAAUAAACAAAAUCAGUGUAUUUUUGUUCAUCGAUGGGCUGUUUUUCAACCAUCGACUUUUGCUGGAUCCAGUAUGCACACAAAAUUUUGUUUAAUUGUCUGUAUCUCUCUCUCUAGAAGUUUAUCCAAAUUCUCCUUCACUUCUUUAGAACUAGAUUGGGCCACCAAACAUCAGUUGUUAGCCAAAAAAUUAGUUCCAAUCGUUUCUCCUUCCCCUAUUUCUUGUUUACCUCUUUUGCAGAGUGACUAUUUUCUGUAGCAGUUAGUGCAGAGAACUAAAAUAUAUGUUUGCUUGUCAUGGAUUGUUAGUUCUUAACCUCUAUUAUUAGCUCAUAUAUCCAUAUAUGUGUCCUAGAAUAUAUUGGUUUUCUUGUCUGUUCAAGCAUAAUUGUCUUGCCUAUUGAUCAAAUUUUCAGAGUAUGUGUUGUGGUCUUCUAGAAGAUGUUGCUGUUAGUUUAUUUGAACUGUAUUAUGAUGUCUGUUUAUUGAUUUGUCGCAUGUAGGCUUUUGAGAAUGUUGGUAUUCCAGUUCUUUGAAAUUUUGGAUUUAUUUGGAGAUAAGAAUUUGGGGUUUUCAUUCACUUCCAUAUGAAUUUUUGGAACCUCAAUCCUUGGCAAAGUACCUUAGCAACAUCAGACUGUAUUUUUUCACAUUAGCAAGAAAGAAAACUUACGUUGCCCUCUUCCUCUCUCUCUCUAGAGUGGAUGGGUAGCAGCUCAGCCUCAGCCGCAAUGCAUGUAUAUGAUGUGUUUGGUUUGAUAGUGGAUGACGAUUGCAUGAUAUAUAGAAAAAAUUCUGUUAUUGCUCUUAGUGGACCCUGAAACUUAUGAGAAAACCAACCUGUGAUCGACGGUUGUGGUCCCGUGUUUCUAAUUAAGGUAUGCUCCCAUGGUAAAAAAAUAUCGUGCAUUUACACGCCAAAUAUUACUGUGCUGGUCGGGUUCGGCCUAGUCCCCAAAUUGUGUGAGAGAGAGGAGAUUAUGAAUACAGUUGACAUUUCAAUUGGCCAAGAAAUGGUGGAAAGUCAUGAGAUUGAGAAAAUGAUGGAAAGCUCAUUUGACAUGCUUCCUGAUCAACUUCUUAUAGAGAUCUUCAUUCGCCUACCUAUCUCCGAGUGGGCGGUAAUAUCAUGUGUGAAGAAACAGUGGGCCAAUUUAUUUCGAGGAGAGUGCUUGUGGCAAACUGCUCUUGUGCGGACCUGGCCUUUGGCUGGACAAGGGAAGCGAUGGCCGGGACCUAUUCCUCGUGGUUUAAGCAAAAGGAGAUAUGCUGCCUUGUAUGUAAGCAAACAUUUUUUUGCAUUUGAUGAUGGGAUAGAUGAGCUUGCUGGUCACACCUACUUGUUUCUAAAGGAGCAACUUGAGCUUUCAACUGCUCCUCCUUCUGGGAUACUUCAUGGAACAAUAAUAGAUCAAUUUAUAGCUUGCGGAAAAUCAAGAGAAAAGGCCCACGAGCUCGCCUCACAAGUUUGGCUAGCUGUCAUCAACAAUUUGGAAGAAAAUGAGCACACCUUUCAUCUCCUUAAACAACUAGCACAAGAAGGAGAGCAGGCAUUUUCUCACUUCCCCUUUGCCAAAUCUCAAAGAGUGAGGUGGAGGAUCUUUGAAAGGCUUUUAACUGAUUUUAGAGACUGUUUCAAUAGUUUGGAAUAUCAUGAUGUAUUAGCAUCUGCCAGGUAUAGGUUUCAGCCAUUGCCAUCUUCAUGGCUGGGUUAUUAAUAAUUAAGCUUCCAAUAAAAUGUAGUCAUUAUUGUAAUACAAAUUGUGAGUAAUCAUUCCAUCUUGUAAUUAAAUUCAACUAAUUACAAUUUUCUUGUAUUUAAUUGUAAAUAUGAAGUUUAAAGGAAGAAUUCAUCGAUAUA